AUGUCGAUGCCUCUUUUCUCCACUGGACGUUCAGCCAUGAGACUCCAUGUGUUUCUCUUCACACUCCUCUUUUUGACACUCUUAUCCCCAGUAAGAAGUGGAAUGGCUUCUGCUGAAAACCAUUGUCUAAAUCUGUCUGGCAUUUGCAGAAGAGACAUCUGCAAAAUCACAGAGGAUCAGACUGGAGCCUGUAAAGGAAGAUGGAAGUGCUGUAGGUCUUGGUGGAUUCUGGUUCCAAUUCCAACCCCACUUAUCUAUUCAGAUUAUCAAGCACCCCUCAAGCAUAAGUUGAAAUGA